UUCAGCCAAUUUAAGGGCGCAUAUUUAACAAAAAAGAUCGAUAACUAUUCUUGUUGCACUACUCCUCUCCAAGUGGGAAUAUAACUCCACCCUGAGGUCAGUGGCGGGCUGACCACUCCAUUAGAUAUGGCUCUUAACAACAUUUGGCGUGAAGGUGAAAUCAUGAAAUCUUGAGCAGGAUAUCUGGCGCAGAACGCACUGGAGCGCCAUAACCAACACAUCGGACUCUACGGGGAUCCAGGCAAAACGGUCACAUUACGGAAAAUAAGGGUUCUCUUUCAUCAGAGCCCACGUACACAUCUCUUCCAGAUGGAGUUUGAGGGGCCGGAUGUGGAGGAGCAGCCCGGUGAGGUGGAGCUGCUGGGGCAGGUGGUGGAGGUGCUGCAGAGCCUGCUGGAGGCGUCGCGCCUGCUGUUCCAGCGCGCCCAGCAGAGGGCGCUGCAGCUGGCCGUGGUGCUGUGUCUGCUGCUGCUGCUGCUGUGGACGGCCAUGUUCAUCUACGGGAGCUUCUACUACUCAUACAUGCCCACAGCCAGCUACUCCACGCCUGUGCACUUCUACUAUGGCCCAAACUGUCAGUCAUCUGCUGUGUGUUCUUUUCCAAUGGCCAAUGUGUCUCUAUUAAGAAAAAACAAGGAUCAGGUGAUGACAUAUGGGCAGCCCUAUCGCAUCUCUCUUGAGCUGGAAAUGCCUGAGUCACCAGCCAAUCAGAAUCUAGGGAUGUUCAUGGUGAAGAUGACUUCAUACGGCAGAGAGGGAAAGAACAUCAAUACAGCAGCUCGCUCUCAGGUCAUGUUGCACUAUCGGUCAGUUCUGCUGCAGAUGAUGUCCACUGUGCUGUUGUCCCCCCUGCUGCUCUCUGGAGCCUCGGAGCAGAAGCAGCUCGUUACUGUGGAGCUGUUCACAGACUACACAGAGAACUCAUAUUUACCCACUGCAGGUGCUGUGAUCGAGCUGCAAACUCCACGAGUCCAGGUGUAUGCAGCACACCUGUACAUACACGCCCACUUCUCCGGCAUCAGAUACGUGCUGUUCAAUUUCCCCACGUUGUCCGCUCUGAUUGGAGUGUCCAGCACCUUCGGCUUCCUCAGCGUCAUCAUCCUCUUUAGCUCGCUACAGUACAGCUUUAACGCGCAGGUCUCACGAUCGCGGGUGAGGCAGCGGUCUCGUCAGCAGAACAGCAGAGAGGAGACACCAGAGAGAGCCUAUUACUCAGAGCCUUCUGACAUAACGGCAGAUCUGAGAUCAGAUAUGAGCGAGAGGCUUGCAGCUGAGUUCAUGGCACGCUACAAGAUCUUCACAGAUGAGCCAAGCUGCACGGACUCCCCUCCUCUGCUGGAGUACAGUGACCCACCUGUAGAAGCCUGUGAUGGGAUGGAAGAGUCCAUUCCUGAGAGGGAAGGGGUGUCUGAGCCGGAGCCAGAGGUGCAGGAGCAGGAAGUGGGAGGACAGGGUCUGUGUGCGGAGGCAGCGGAGGAGAAGCAGAAGGCCAGCAUAAACAAGGCCGAACUAGAGGAGUCCUCCAGUAUCCCAGAAGCCCUCGAUCCCCCAGAGGAGGAGGAGCAGGCCAACCACUGUGUCAUCUCCUGAGCUCUUUUACACAAACACACAUACACAUACACACACACACACACACACACACACACACACACACACACACACACACACACACACACACACACACACACACACACACACACACACACACACACACACACACACACACGGAACAUGAACAACACAUACGCACACGCAAACAUACACCUCACUUCUGAGUGUUUAAAAACAGAUACAGACCCAAAUGACCAGAUGCAUACAAAAUGAAUGUUUCUAUGUGGGAGGAGUGGAGUGAGAGAGAGAGAGAGAGAGAGAGAGAGAGAGAGAGAGAGAGAGAGAGAGAGAGAGAGAGAGAGAGAGAGAGGGGAAGAUAGAGAGAUGUGAAGUUGUUCAAACAGGCUGUAUAUUUUAGAAGUAUGGUGAGGUGGGAGAAGCCUACUGAAAACUGAAAUGGGUUUUCUUGAUUGUGGGUUGUGUUAUAUAGUUACUGAUAGGCCAACCACGAUUGCCCAAACAAAUGAACUGAGCACAGGAAUAGGAAUGUAAAUGCUCACUCAAACGCUCUUCCGCCAGCACGCUCAGGCCAAUCCAAACUUUUCUCAUCUGUCGUCCCUCGUCGGUGGAACGCACUACCAGUUCCUUCUAGAGUAGGGACAUCCCUCGCCAUCUUCAAAAAAUGUCUGAAAACCCAGCUCUUCAGAGAACAUCUCCUCUCAUAAUAGCACUACUACAGACUUGUUCUCAUUGAUGCACUUAUUACACUCAUUGAUGCACUUAUUGUGGUUUUUAAUUUGUUGUUAGAAGUGCUCUUAAAAGCUUAAAUGUUUUUACCAUGUUGUAAGUCGCUUUGGUUAAAAAGUGUCAGCCAAAUGUAAUGUAAUGUAAAACCAUGAAGAGAGGUCAAAUAGGAUUAACAGUGCAAAAUAGCGAGCAAGCGCUAUUUAGUAACAUAAAGGUGGCACUUAAAAAGUCUGUGGUCAGCCCAUCCUAUAAUGGACCUCUAUUAUAUCCUCCACAGGGGGCUCCCAGCUUCACCCUGCUCGUGUCAGACUGGCAUGACCAGACAAAUUGGCAUGGAGUCUGGAGGGCUGAGGGGUGAUCUGGAGCCCUCAUUGCAUCAAACUUCAGUCCAAUCCACCAGUGCUCCCCACAGUUUCUGUCCAGCUUUACCAUGCUUUGGCCACAUAGCUAGAUCUGGGCCGGGUUUGGGCCAACGCCGGCGUGAGUCCGAGUAUGGUGAUCGAUACCAAAUCGUAGGCAAUGCAUCAACGGUACAUCGAGUGGUCCAAAACUCUCCGACUUUGGAUCUCAGCACCUGAACAAGAUAAACAAGAAGCAAGCUCAGCGCUCGCACACACUCAUGCACUUCCUCUGUCCUUUUAAAGACACACUCACACUCUUGCACUAUAGGGUACUCCCUCCUGCCUUUUUAAAGACACACUCACACACUUGCACGUGGGGACUCCCUCCUGUGUUUUUAAGGACACGUUCUGACAGGCCUUACCUGAAGUGAAGUCAUUGUGUGUUUACUUCUCUGUAAGCAGAACCCAUCUUAAAGCGAGGAAAAACAAUUUUGAUAAAGUCCAGAUCAGGAGGAUGCAGAGAAGUAGCAUUCCCAUUUACUGCAAUGGCACUUGCUGAGCAAGCAAAUUCAACUGUGUGCUUAUGUAGCAGCUAGGCUGUAUUUCAAAGCUAUCUGCCAAGCUUAUUAUAUAAACCAAACAACUCAGUAUGGUUUAUUUAUUUAUGUUAUUUCAUUUUGCAUUUAUGUUAUUUCAUUUUGCAAGUCCUCUGCUUUUAUGUUCAACAAGCAAGAUAUUUCUGCUUUUACCAAAUACAUAUGUUUAAACAUUGGUCUUGUGGCAUGUUUGUCCUUUGUACAUUCCUUUAGUUUUGUUUGUACAUUUCUAAGUAAACAAUUACAUUAUUCCAAAA